GGGAGGGGCGGCGGCGUGGGGGGAGCAGAUGCCGCUGGCUGCGAGCGGGAGCCGGGUCCUAGCAGAGCGCAGCCGCGAGGGAGGCGCGGGGGAGGCGAGCCGGAGCCGGAGCCGGAGCCGGAGCCGGAGCGACAGCCAGUGUUGGCGGAGAGCACCCAGGCGCAGCCGGAGUCGGAGCCGCAGCCGCGAUGGCCGUGGCCGUGGGGAGACCGUCUAAUGAAGAGCUUCGGAACUUGUCCCUUUCUGGACAUGUUGGAUUUGACAGUCUCCCAGACCAGCUGGUCAAUAAGUCUACUUCUCAAGGAUUCUGUUUCAACAUCCUGUGUGUUGGUGAGACGGGCAUUGGCAAAUCCACGUUAAUGGACACUUUAUUCAACACCAAAUUUGAAAGUGACCCAGCUACUCACAAUGAACCAGGUGUCCGAUUAAAAGCCAGAAGUUACGAGCUUCAGGAAAGCAACGUACGGCUGAAGUUAACCAUUGUUGACACCGUGGGAUUUGGAGACCAGAUAAAUAAAGAUGACAGCUAUAAGCCAAUAGUGGAAUAUAUUGAUGCCCAGUUUGAGGCCUACCUGCAAGAGGAAUUGAAGAUCAAACGUUCUCUCUUCAACUACCACGACACCAGGAUCCACGCAUGCCUCUACUUCAUUGCCCCCACCGGCCACUCCCUGAAGUCUCUGGAUCUAGUCACCAUGAAAAAGCUGGACAGCAAGGUGAACAUCAUUCCAAUAAUUGCAAAAGCUGACACCAUUGCCAAAAAUGAACUGCACAAAUUCAAGAGUAAGAUCAUGAGUGAACUGGUCAGCAAUGGAGUCCAGAUAUAUCAGUUCCCCACAGAUGAAGAAACGGUGGCGGAGAUUAAUGCAACAAUGAGCGUCCAUCUCCCAUUUGCAGUGGUCGGCAGCACCGAAGAAGUGAAGAUCGGCAACAAGAUGGCCAAGGCCAGGCAGUACCCCUGGGGUGUGGUGCAGGUUGAGAAUGAAAACCAUUGUGAUUUCGUGAAACUUCGGGAGAUGCUGAUCCGUGUGAACAUGGAAGAUUUGCGAGAGCAGACUCACACCCGCCAUUAUGAAUUGUAUCGGCGCUGUAAGCUCGAGGAGAUGGGUUUCAAGGACACUGACCCUGACAGCAAGCCUUUCAGUCUUCAGGAGACUUACGAAGCGAAAAGAAAUGAAUUUCUGGGAGAACUUCAGAAGAAAGAAGAAGAAAUGAGGCAAAUGUUUGUGAUGAGAGUGAAGGAGAAAGAAGCUGAACUUAAAGAGGCAGAGAAAGAGCUCCAUGAGAAGUUUGACCUCCUGAAGCGGACACACCAAGAAGAGAAGAAGAAAGUGGAAGACAAGAAGAAGGAGCUGGAGGAGGAAGUGAACAGUUUCCAGAAGAAGAAAGCAGCCGCUCAGCUACUACAGUCCCAGGCACAGCAGUCUGGGGCCCAGCAAACCAAGAAAGACAAGGAUAAGAAAAAUGCAAGCUUCACAUAAAGCCUGGCAAGCCAAGGAUGGUCCCGCAUUCACCUGCUUUUGCAGUAAUAUUGUAUCUCUGCCAUCUGUGUCCUUUUGUUUUAUUUUAUUUUAUUUUUUUUUACCCUUCCCCAGACACCAAUAACUAUUAACUCAUUUUGCUGACUAUUGUUGGGUAGUGGAAAAUGAUAGAGCAAGAGAGUAACACCAAAAGCUAUGUGCAGCUGGACUUUGUUUCUGGAAAGCAGAUGAUUGGCCUUUUAUGCCUGUUCGGAGUGGCAGCAGGAAGCAGGCCUGUGGCUUGUAUGUUGCUUUGGACCGAGGGAUGGAGGGUCAAUGGCUCCAUGUCCGUCUGUUGGGAGAACUCACCGCUUCAGCCGCUGAACUAUAACCCCGAAUACCCAGGACAACAGUUUGUUUUUCUUGAUUUCUCAUCUCCAUGGGGGCAGAAGCCCUGAACUCCCUCUGCCUCUUCUCCAUACCUGCCCCAAACCAAGGUAGCUUCCUACGUAGGCAGAAUGGUGGGUCAGCUUUUUAGGACUUUUGCAUUUGUGUGGAUUUUUCAUUAUUAUAAUAACAUUAUUUGACCUGUGUUGUGGUUCUCCUCAGACCGUACCCUCUUACGGCUUUAAAAAUGUGCCUGAACCCCCCUCUCCCCAGUCCUGGCCAAGUUGGACCGUAAUGAGAAAGCUGAUUAUGUUCGCUUCUAUCAGCACAACCUUGACGCUGUCCUAGUCAGCGAUCUUGAACGUCAGGGCAUGUAACAUGGCCUCAUAGAAGCAUCCUCCGCUAAAGAUGGUAGGCUUUCCACAGCCUCCCUACUGCUUACAAUAAGCAUUCUUUCAUACUCUCCAUGGGCAAUGGCCGAUUCUAGGACAUCAGUACUUCUAAUGAUACUUUUCAGUAAUCAUGAGGAGAAAAUUUGUUAUCAACUGUAUAUCAUCUGCAGCCCCAAUUCUGAGAGGGGACCUCAUCGGUUUCCGGUAGGAAUGGGGAGGAAGGUAACACAAACCCACGAGUGGAGAAGGUAGAAGUUCAGCUGACAUCCAGCUUCCUUGCAUAGUCUCCUUCUCAUAUAUGGCAGGAAAGGGAAGAAGAAAUAGAACAGCUAGUCUUUCAAAUCCAGUUGUCUUGAAGGAAUCCUCUCACCUUUUCCCUCACCCCAACUAGCGCUACGAGCCCAUUGCCCCAUCAGCAAGGAUUAGGGCCGACCCAUAGGCCAUGACCCGCACUCCAUACCACAUUUGUGUGGGAGGGGGCGCAUUUCAUCCCUUUUCUGUACUGUUCCUUUGUGAGGCUUACCCUUUCAUCUUCUUGAUUUUUCUCCCCUCUACUAACAAGAGCCUCCCACCUUCUAACUCUGUAGUCUCCUGUUUCUUACCUGAAAGAAUAAUAUUUCUCCUGAACUCCACCUCUCGCUUCCUCCUGGCCUUCACUAGUCAUACAUUAGGUAAAUAGGAUAGAGUAUACUCUGUCUCCCUGACCAACACACGCGUACCUUUUUUUUUUUUUUAAUAAGUCUCUAGUUGAUUCCAAUAAAGUCUUUUUCCCUUCUUUUCAUCCUCAAACCAUACUUUUAGGGGAAACAAGUUAUGGUCUCCCAUGAACUGAUGUGGGCCUAAUUAGGUGAAGUAAAGAUUGUUUCACUGAAGGCCAAACCAGGCUGGGCUAGAACCUGAAGACUGGAAGCCGCAGUGGUGGUAUAAAGACAGGCUUAGGAGCUACUGGACUAAUGUUUUUGUUUUGUUUUGUUUUUUAAUGAUUCUAGUCCAAAGCUAGCUGUGGAGCAGCCAAAUACUAGACGGCAUGCCGAUUUCUAACCGUGGCUGAAUUUGCUCAUACGCUGUGCGCCAGACAAAAGCUUGAAUACUCGUGUUGUAUGCUUGUUCCAACUGCUGCUUGUGUGAGCAUUUUUGUGCCUUGUAACAGAAAAUAUACUUGUAAGUUCAAAAAACGGUCACCUUAAAAUUAUCAUUUUUAAUGCAUCACUAAAGCCUUUUUGACAGUGAGCCUAGCUGCAAAAGGCAUCCAGCUGACUUUUUGAUUCCAAGAUUGUUGAUUGAUUGAUUUUUUUCUCCCCCAUGAAAAUUUUCACAACAAAAUAAACCAUAUGGAGAGUCAGGGAAUAAAAAAUCAAAAGAAAGUUCUAGAAGCUCUUUUUUUUUUUUUAACAUGUUGCUUCUGAACUCUUUUUCUACCCCCCACUCCCUGGCCCUGUUUGGUUUGUUGUUGCUGCCCUUCUCUUCUUUCUGUAUCUGUGCCUUUUUUCACAGUAGUCCUUGGCUCUGCACCGAAUAAAUGAUACCCUCAAAUCUAAUUGGAUGUGCUUUCGCCUUUGCAUGUAAGUACAGUAGUAAGAAAACUUUGAGAUCUUUCUGACUUUUUAAAAUUAGAGAAACAAAUGGGAUAGAUGGGUUCUCCCCCCACCCUUUUUUGGAGGGAGGUAGGGAGGUAUUGGUUUGAGUAGCCUUUGUUUAUUAAGAAAUAAAGAAAACACUAAAUAUAUUUAAAAUGGCCACAUUUGUACCUUUCCCACAAUAAAUACAAAUUCAGCUUUUCCUUGAUACCAAUAUGGGAGUCAGAAAUUGUUGUUCCCAGGCUGCAUUCCACACAGCCUUGUGGGCAUCACUGGAUAUUACAGAGGGUCCUUGGUUCUGACUAUGGAGUAAAGCUAGACUAAGAAACUACCACCUUCCUUUGGAGAAAACCAAGAGGGAAAUAUUUUUUAUGUUAGGUUGCCUUUAUGACUGCUUAAUUUUUUGCUGAUCUUGGUUUAAUUGUCUUUCCCUCCUGCUAACUGCUGGCAGUGAACACACCUUUUUUUUUUUUUUUUUUGCCAGACAGUUCUAGCUGGCCUCUCCCCGUAUCUUCUGUUCAACCAUAAUGACCAUUGCUUCUGGAUUUUAGGUCCCUAUAAUGUUUGUAUGUACAGUAGGAUGAUGGAAAAGCAUUUACGAGAAUUUACUGGCAGUUAGAGACUAUGUUUUCCCAGCUUAGGCUCCUUAUUAAUUGGUCAAAGUUUUGUCCAGAAAGGGCAUCUCAACCAGGGGAACAUUUAAUGUCACAUUGGGCACAGGUUACUUAUUAUCUUCCUUCUCUGCUUUGUAAUCUCACCAGCAAUUACACUUAUUCUUCAUAUCUUGUGCACCUCAAACGAAUGGACUGGGUUUCUUCACUUUCUUGACAUUACCCCUAAGUGUUUCACAUCCAGACUGUUGAAUCUGGGUUUCAGCUGUUAACCAACCCAUGUCAUACUGUGUGUGUGUGGUCCUUCCAAACCGUCCUUUCAGAUCCCUCUGCUUUGCCAUCUGCAAGUGUCUGAAAUUGUCAAUUCUCAGCUUCCAGAAGUCUUGGUUCCACUGACAGGAUACAUAUGUGAUGACUCUUUAGUGGAAAUUAUGACCUACAAAGUCUAGAUUGUAUGUAGGUAUGAAGGGAAUUUUUUAAAUAAAUGAAAAGCUGUGAACAGCAUUAGAACUUUGUCUAUUUCUUAAUUUUAAAAUAUGCUGAUAUGCCUUAAACUGUAGUUGUAGAUCAUUGUCAUUUUGCUGUUUGAAAAUAACCAAUGUGUUUCUAAAAGUGUUGUGUAAUCUACUCUUGGUGUUAAUGCAGAAUUGUCAUAUAUGUAAGCUGCAUGUUAGACACUUGUCUUUUUUAAAAACUAAAAUAAUUGUAUUGAUAUGAAGUCUAUCAUUUUUUUCAAGUGAGGAAGUAAUCACGUAGCCACCUUGCUCAGUAAUUUGGUGUCUGUUAAGGUAGGAGAGCGGUGGACAGGUAAUCUAUGCAUAUAUCACUAGUGCCAAGACACAACGUGGGGGAAAAUAUAUUUUUACCCAAACAAUGUGUGCCCUCUUGUGAGUUCUUUUUAGUCACUGUUUGGUAUGCAUAUGUACAUGUGAUUCUUGUAUUGGAUAAAAGAAAUAGGAAUGAAAGAGUCUCAUGCUUUCCUGCCUUGUCUGGGGGAUUUCAAACGCUCCCAAGUGGGCAGCAGCACCUGCUCCGAGAUCCUUGCCGUGCGGUGUCCUGUACGUCACAUGUGGUCUCUGCCUCCCUUUCUCCCCCAUUCCCACCCCCUCCUGUCCCGACUGUUGUCCCUGGCGCCACCCCACCCCUGGGCCCAGCGGAGGUAGGCACCUCUUGCCCGGCCUCUGGCGUCUGCGCUGCCAGGGCUGCUCACACCUGGCUGUGCUCACGGAAGUCAGCCUUCUAACUGACACACUGCUGUUCUUCCCCAGUUGUUGUAGAAAAGCUCUUUUUUUUUUUUUUUUAACUUUAAGAAUCAAAUUUGAAUCUGAAUCUUUCUUUUUUCUCCUCUGUAGCUUCUUCUUUAUGUAGCCAUCCUGUUGACAAGCCCUACUCCCCCCUAAUGGACAUAGAGCAUUAGAAGAGCAGGAGUGUCUGUUCACGCGUGCUGGGGAAGAGUUACCUCAUUUCCACCAUCGCCUCCUAUUCUUUUAAAGUCCGGGUCAAUUCCUGCCUUGCUGUUUGUAUUUGUCAAUGUCUGUUUACAAACCACUGCCCAUAGUGGUUACUAAGGUGACUUUUCACUACCAAAAACAGUAAUACUUAAUAAUGCUUAAAAGGAAAUUCAGUGAAAGAGAACUUGGGCCAAGACCCAGGGUAGCCAUGUGUUGGGAUCCUCUUGCUUAGCUGUCAUGUUCUUGAAGCUGCGGAUCCGAGAACUCACGGACUGAAGACAGCACAUACCCUACUCUGAGGUGGUCAGCACCUCCAGGGUCCACAAACUCGAUCUCAUGUUAACUCCAGACCUCUCUGUCCCAUGCGUGACAUUCUGAACAGCCCCAUCGGGACCCUCAACCAUCAAUCAGGUCAUAAGAUCUGGGCAACAUUCUCCUUCCUUUUGUUAGUUUUUAUGGGUUGUUUUGGAGUUUGGGAUUUUUUUUUUUUUUUGACUUUUGAUAUUGCAUGAACAGAGAUGGCUACAAUUUUUUUAUUUGGAGUGUUCUAUUGAUGCAAUGUUUUUAUUUUUCAGCUGACCAUCCGCCUCUUGAGAGAGAGAAGUGGGCAUCCUUCCUUUAAAUUCAGGAACCAUUGUUGUUUUAUUUAACUCUUUUUCUGUGACCUGCAUCCCUUAUAUAAGUUGUUUUGGGUUUGGGAUUCUGUUUUGGGGAAAAAAAAUUUUUUUCCAGUUAGCCAGUUCUGUUUUAUGUAUUGGUUACUCAAACUUAGUUUGGUAUCAAAAUUAUGCCAGUUUUAAGUUCAAGAGGAAAUUUAAGUGAAGUUUUAGUCACAGAAUUCUGUUUAAGAAUCUCUCCUCAUCUCAGAUACAACCAAAAAAAUCCCUCUGCUGUCACUGGGGUUUUGACCUAUAAGUCUUAAUCAUGUUUAAAAUGUGUCAGUGUUGGGUAGAGGACUUUUCUGCCUCUAGGACUGAAUUUAUACUUAAAGGUACCUUAAAAA